AGUGCACACGCAUUUUGUUAUCUAAAUGAGUGGGUGGAUGCCCUGAUAGGUACCAUAAAAUCAAAAUUUAUUAUCAUUUCGCUUCGGUUGUUCGUUUCUUUUCAUUUUUAAAACAUUAGUGUAUUUCUUGACAAAAAAAUCUUUUAAUAUUUCAUUGAAAUUUCAUUGAAUCCGUCGAUUAAAACAAAACUAUCAUAACAUAAAUCAUGGAACAUAUUAAAAAGAAAAUGUUAGCAAUGAAAUUAGACAAAGAGAAUGCUGUCGAUGAAGCUGAUCAAUUGGAAGCAAAAUUACGUGAAAAAGAAUUGGAAAUGCAAACUAAAGAUGAAGAGGCGGCUGAAGUGAUUAAAAAAAUUCAACAAGUCGACACUGACAAAGAAACUGCACAAACUCAAUUAGCUGAAACUAAUACUAAAUUAGAAGAAACAGAUAAACGAGCAACUGAAGCUGAAGCUGAAGUCGCCUCACUGCAAAAGCGCAUUCGACAGCUGGAAGAUGAAUUGGAAUCCACUGAAACUCGUCUUCAAGAAGCAACUCUUAAGCUCGAAGAAGCCAGUAAAGCCGCUGAUGAAAGUGAUCGUGGUCGUAAAGUAUUGGAGAAUCGUACAUUUGCCGAUGAAGAACGUAUCAAUCAGUUAGAAGAACAAUUAAAAGAAUCCACAUUUAUGGCUGAAGAUGCUGAUCGUAAAUACGAUGAGGCGGCUCGUAAGUUGGCUAUCACAGAAGUGGAACUCGAACGGGCUGAGUCUCGAUUGGAAGCUGCCGAAAGUAAAAUUACAGAACUUGAAGAAGAAUUACGCAUUGUUGGUAAUAAUGUAAAAUCUUUGGAAAUAUCUGAACAAGAGGCAGCUCAACGUGAAGAGGCAUAUGAAGAGAAUAUUCGUGAUUUAACUGAGCGCUUAAAAGCUGCCGAGGAUCGAGCUCAAGAAUCUGAACGACUUGUUAACACUUUACAAGCUGAUGCUGAUCGCCUUGAAGAUGAAUUGGUCACUGAGAAAGAGAAAUAUAAAGCACUCAGUGAAGAAUUGGAUUCAACUUUUGCUGAACUUACUGGAAAUUAAUUCUGAUCGAAAUUUAUCCCACCUGCCUGUUUGUCUGUAUGCCUGCCUGCCUCUCUUGAUUUUAACUCUUGCCCUCACUACUUUAUUAUCAUUGAAAAAAAAAAGUAUUAUCCCUUGAUCUGUUUUUACCUAAUAAUGCCUUACAAUAAAUAAUAAGGGUGCAAUUAUAUAUGUGACAAAUGAUUUAUAAUAUUGUCUCAUUAUUACUGAGAUUAUUAUCACUUAUUAAUCAUUUAUGUUUACAUAAAAAAAUAAUUUUUUUCUCUCAAAUUAUGCUUGAAUGAUCAGAAUGAAAUAAGCUUAUCAUUCUUACAAUGUUUAGAUUUUAUUUAAUGUGUUGUGGGUAUUAGAACCUUGAAUUUUGACAAUAAAAAUAAACAAAAAAAAAUUACACUUUCUAUGCAAAUAAAAUAAAAUGAUACAAUACAUAUUUAAUAAUUACUAGUU